AGGUGAGUAAAGGAAAAUAGAGAAGAAAAAACAGAAAGAAAGAGAUAGUGCAAUAUCUUUUGUGUCUCUCAAAUGGGUAGAGAAGAAUUCAAGAAAAUGGAUAUUGAUCUUUCUUUGAAAAUAGAUACUGAAGAUAAAGAACAAGAAAGAGAAGAAGAAGAAGAAGAAGAAGAAGAAGAAGAAGAAGCAAAGAAAGCUAAAGAAGUUCAGGAAAUGCAAGAAAAUAGUCGAGAAAAGAGACCAGAUGUGCAAGAAAUAAAUGAUAAUGAAGCAACACCAACAAUUACAGGAGGAGAGGUAGUAGAUGAUUCUUCUCUUGAAUUAUCUUUACAAGAAAACACCAAAACAGAAGAGUUAUCUGCUCUGCAAAUGGAGAUGAAUAGAAUGAAAGAAGAAAACAAAGUUUUGAGGAAAGUAGUAGAACAAACCAUGAAAGAUUACUAUGAUCUUCAAAUGAAAUUUGCAGUUAUCCAGCAAAAUACCCAGAAGGAUCCUCCUAUCUUUCUCCCACUUAGAGGUAAUGAGAAAGCUUUUGAAGUACCAAAGUCAGUUCCAAAAUUUUUUGAUACUAAUGAUAAUAGAAAUCGAGCAACUUUAUCAAAGGAUGAUAAGAUUAUUGAAGAAAGAGAACUAGGGCUUUCAUUGAGGCUACAAAAUGAUGACUCAGAUCGACAAGAAAGAGAGGAAGAUUAUAAAGAAGAGAUCAAUAAGGAAGAAAAUGGAAAUUAUGCAUCGGUACAGAAUAAUAAGCUUCAAAGAACUGAUAAUAACUUGCCUGGGAUAACAAGCCAUGGUGCUUCUCUUCCCAACAGAAAAGCUAGGGUUUCAGUUAGAGCUAGAUGCCAAGCGGCAACAAUGAAUGAUGGCUGCCAAUGGAGGAAAUAUGGGCAGAAAAUUGCCAAAGGCAACCCUUGCCCUCGAGCCUAUUAUCGUUGCACAGUAGCUCCAGGAUGCCCAGUUAGGAAGCAGGUGCAAAGAUGUCUAGAGGAUAUGUCAAUCCUUAUAACAACCUACGAAGGAACACAUAAUCACCCACUUCCUGUUGGUGCAACAGCUAUGGCAUCAACUGCUUCAGCAGCAGCUUCCUUUAUGUUAUUGGAUUCUAGUAACCCUUUAUCUGAUAACAUUUCUAAUUUCACUACACAAGCAUCUAAUUUCCCAUUUCGCGGUGCUUCUCAUAUGUUUUAUCCUAAUUCGAUGCCUUUCCGAAGCAUAAACCCUAAUGACCCUUCAAAAGGGAUUGUUCUUGACCUUACAAAUAAUAGUACUCAUCAAGAUCAUCCUCCUCCACAAUUUGCACUAGCUACCUCAUCAUCAUCACCAUCACAUUCUUUAGCUCAGCCGCCGCCACCCAUGUUUUCUUGGAUGCAAAACAAGUCAAUUCACCAAAAUAAUGGUAACAGUACUAUCGCUACUAAUCACUUUCUUGCUAGCCCUAGAGUAGAUGAUCAUCAAAGGAGAUGGAAAAGUGAAGAAGACAAAUCAUCACUAGCUCAAAAUGUAACUGCUAUUGCUUCUGAUCCAAAAUUUAGGGUUGCUGUUGCGGCUGCUAUUACAUCUCUUAUCAAUAAAGAAAAGGGUAGUGUAGGACCAUCUUUGGUUCCUAAUGAUAAGGAAAGUGAAGGUGGUAGCUCUAGUAGCAAGAAUUGGGUUCUUGAAUCUCUCUCUGCAAAUGGAAAGCCAAUCAGAAAUUCAUCACCUUGAAAAACAAAAUUCUCUGUAUAAGAAUAAUAAUUUCUUUCUAUAAGCACUAAU